CACACAGACAGUGGAUUGUCCUACUGUUUCAAUAAACGAAGCAAACAAUGGGCGCCGAGCAAUCCACAGAAGCAACGAUCUGGAUGCCAGGGGACUUUUUCGACUCAUCUGGGGAUGAGGGUGAGGAUAAUCAAUCUUUCGCACUAAUAAUCCUAAAUCAGGAAAUCACGAACUUGAAGCUUUUUGAGACACUUUACAAAAACAGUAAACUGGUUAUCUGUGCCGACGGUGGUGCAAACCGUCUCUACGACGCCUACACCACCGAAGAAGACCGCUUCUCGCACGCCCCAGCAUGCAUAGCCGGCGACCUUGACUCCCUAAGGCCCGAUGUGCAAUCAUACUACUCCACCCUCGGCGUCGAAAUCCUCAAAGUGGUCGACCAGGACUUGACAGACUUUGAAAAAUGCCUCUCCUGGAUCUCCGAGCAGUCGAAGGGCUUCCCGCCAAUCCUGACUCCACCUGGUGACUACAGGACUGUAGAAGAGGAGAUGGAAAGUGGUAACGAGGUUAAGAUCUCUGGGAUGCAGCCUGAAAUCACGGUGCUCGCCUUGGGAGGGUUCGGCGGGAGGGUUGAUCAUUCUUUCCAUUCUAUUAACAUACUCUACAGAACCGCGUAUACACAUAGUAUCUACCUGAUCUCCUCGGAGAAUAUCACAUUUCUACUGCCUGUGGGGGAUAACACUAUAUUCACCCCACAUAGCGUCUUCGGGCCCACCUGUGGGAUCCUUCCCGUCGGAUAUGGGUCCGUCAUGACCACCUCAGGUUUAGUAUGGGACUUGCAGAGACAGGAGAGCAAGUUCGGCGGACUAGUUAGUACGAGCAAUCGUUUGGAAAGUGAGGUGAUUCACUUGCACCUUGAGGGUGCGCCGGCGGUGUUUACACUGGAGCUUAGGAAGCAGGCUCCUGGAAUUGUUUAGCAUUUGCCCUCCUUCUUCUCGUACUAUUCGGCCUGGCUUUGUUG